CCGCCCGCGGCGAGCCUCCGGGGCCGCACGAUCGUCAUCACGGGCGCCAACACGGGCCUGGGCCUCGAGUCCGCGGCGCGCCUCGCCGAGGCCGGCGCGGACGUCGUCGCGACGGCGCGGACGGCCGGCAAGGCCGCGUACGCCGUCGACGAGGUCGCGCGGCGGACCGGCAAGACGAUCCGCGCGGUCGAGCUCGACCUCGGCGACCUGAAGAGCGUGUCGUCGUUCCCGGCGCGCCUGCCCAAGGACGUCACGAAGGUCGACGUGCUCAUGGAGAACGCGGGCGUCAUGGCCAUCCCCGACAAGCUGUCGACGCGCGACGGCUUCGAGCGGCAGAUCGGCGUCAACCACCUGGGCCACUUCGCGCUCACGGCGGCGAUGAUGCCGCUGCUGGAGAAGGCGCCGACCUUCCGCGUCAUCGCCGUGAGCAGCUCGGCGAACUUCGGGGCGAGCAAGGACGCGAUCGGCAAGGCCAUCGCCGACGACCUCGACCCGAAGGAGUACAGCCAGUGGGGCAACUACUGCCUCUCCAAGGCCUUCAACGUCCUCUUCGCCGACGAGCUCCAGCGCCGCUUCGAGGCCAAGGGGCUCAAGGGCAGCGCCGUGUCGCUCCACCCCGGCGCGGUGCAGACGGAUUUGGCGCGCUACCUCAUCUCCGGCACCGAAAAGGCCGAGGCGGGCCUCAUGGUGGGGCUCUCGAACUUCGUGCUCCCCAUCCCGCUCGGCGCGAACACGCAGGUCUACCUCGCGGCGAGCCCGAACCUCGCGGCGGACGGCGGCCUCUACUUCGACUCCAUGAAGCCGGCGAAGCCGGGGCCGGCGACGGGCGACGCGGACCUCGCCGCCAAGCUCUGGGCCGCCUCCGAGCGCCUG